GGAAACCCUCUGUGGUUUUUCCACCUGCAGACGAGAAGCCAACUGGAGUCUGAAGAACCUGAACCACCAUAGUCUCUCCGAAACAGCUGGAGAAUUCAGAUUUAUCAUUUAGAGGACUUUCACAAAAGUUGGAGCGAUGGUUUGCGGAGGAUUCGUUUGCACCAAGAACGCACUCUGCUCUCUCAAUAUACUUUAUGUUAUGGUGAGUCUGCUGCUGGUCGGCGUGGCAGCCUGGGGGAAAUGGUUCGGCUUGGUCUCCAGCAUCAGAGUAGUAGCUGGGGUCAUCGGCGUGGGCAUCUUCCUCUUCCUGGUGGCUUUUGUUGGUCUGUGCGGUGCCCUGAAGCACCAUCAGGUCCUGCUCUUCUUUUACAUGAUGAUCCUGUUUGUAGUUUUCGUCGUUCAGUUUUCAGUGUCCUGUGCAUGUCUGUCCCUGAAUAAAGACCAACAGAAUAGCCUCCUGGAAGUUGGAUGGAACAAAUCAGAUGCUACUCAGAGGGACGUAGAGAAAACUCUCAACUGCUGUGGUUACUCUACCUUUAACCCCAACGGCACAUGUGCAGCUUCAUGCUUUCACCCCAGCUCUGCAUCAAUUUGUAACACGUGUGCAAGCAUCAUCCAGCAGUAUGCAGGAGAGGUGCUGAGAUUUGUGGGAGGUAUCGGACUCUUCUUUAGUUUCACUGAGAUCGUUGGAGUUUGGCUCGCACACCGAUACAGAAACAUCAAAGACCCUCGAUCAAAUCCAGGAGCGUUUCUAUAACCACUCUGUUUAAUAAACCUAAAACAUGCACUGCUGAA